CAUCCACAUUACAAUUAAAGCUUACUCGCUAAUCUCAUAAUUAAAGAAGCAUCACUCUGUUCUAGUACUUAAAUUUUGUUGAUAUCAUUUCUAGUCAUUUCUUUCAAUUUUUCAAGACCUGAGCAAUUAGCAUCCAUGGCGGACCACAAAAAUGCACACCACAUAGUCGAAAUCCCCGUCGACGAAGAGCACCAACAGAAAAUUCUCUCUGCCAUGGCCACAAUCUCCGCGAUACAAAACCACCCUUUAAUGGAAAUCUCCAAUAGCCCCGGCCAUCUCUUACUUCUCAAGCUAUGGCAAAGAGAAGAAGAUUUGUUCGGGCGCAAAAUUGCUAAAAAAGAGUCGAGGCUCGACUCGAUCCGAUCCGAAAUAUUCCAAUUAUGCUGUUUCUUCUUUUUAUUCCACGGAUUAUUUUUGACAAUUUUAUCUGCAUCCGUUGCAUAUACUAACAAUGUGAAUGAUCACGCCCUUGUUUGUCGUAAAUGGUGGGUGCCAUCUAUGAUAUCAGUGUCUACUUCACUUGCUUUGGUUUUGUUUGUUCAGGUGAAACUGUGCAGGCACUGGAAAGUGUGGAAGCAGCUGCAGGGAGAGCGAGGCGAUCAUCGCAGCCUGACGAGGUGUGUUCAGGAGCUGAGGAUGAAAGGGGCGAGUUUUGAUUUGUCCAAAGAGCCUAUGAGUGCAAAGAGGAUGAAGAGUUCGAGUGUGGAGAUCAAGUGGAAGCCAUUGACAUGGUGUUCACAGAGUUUGACAAGUAUAUGUCUAGUCUGCUUGACUGGCUUGCUGCUUCCGGCCUCCAGAGUUAUUCUCUGCGUUUAAGCUUUAUUUUACUUGAUUCGUUCAAGAAAAGAAGAUUUGGUGGAUGAAGCUGCUAACUCAGGGUCUUCUUUCCUCCAAAUUAUGAAAAUUAUAGGAGAUUCUUUGAUUUUUCAUAUGAUCAACACACUUACUGUAAAUGAAUUAACAAACAGUAUCACAAAAUAAUAAAGAACAUUCUUUUGAUUUUGAUA